UACAGAGUGGCGGGACGUACGCGCAAAUCAGUAGAAGGCGUGUGACUGGGGCAAUAAGCAGCAGAGAUGUUCCGACCAAAGCCCACGUUGAAGGACAGACAGCACCUGUACAGGCUGAUCAUCAGCCAGCUACUGUAUGACGGCUACAACACCAUCGCCAACAGUCUGAUCAAUGAGGUCAAGCCCCAGAGUGUGGUAUCUCCAUCUGAGCAGCUCAUGCAGCUGGCUAAGAUAGGAAUGGAGAAUGAUGACAGCGCUGUCCAAUAUGCGAUUGGUCGCUCAGACACUGUGGCACCUGGUGUGGGCAUUGACUUAGAGUUUGAUGCAGACGUGCAGACCAUGUCACCAGAAACAUCAGAGUACGAGACCUGCUAUGUGACGUCCCAUAAGGGACCAUGUCGUGUCGCAACCUACAGCCGUGAUGGGCAGCUCAUUGCGACGGGCUCUGCCGAUGCCUCGAUUAAGAUCCUGGACACGGAACGCAUGUUGGCCAAAAGCGCCAUGCCACUAGAGGUGAUGAUGAAUGAAACAGCCCAGCAGAACAUGGAGAACCACCCUGUGAUUAGAACAUUGUAUGAUCACGUGGAUGAAGUCACCUGUCUGUCUUUUCACCCAACCGAGCAGAUCCUGGCCUCCGGCUCUCGCGAUUAUACCCUCAAACUCUUCGAUUAUUCAAAGCCUUCAGCCAAAAGAGCCUUCAAACACAUACAGGAAGCUGAAAUGUUGCGCUCUAUCUCCUUUCACCCCUCUGGGGAUUUCUUACUGGUGGGCACGCAGCACCCCACUCUGCGCCUAUACGACGUCAACACUUUCCAGUGUUUCGUGUCCUGCAACCCUCUGGAUCAGCACACAGAUACCAUCUGCGGUGUCUGUUACAAUCCCAGUGCCAACACUUACGCCACCUGCAGCAAAGAUGGCAGCAUCAAACUGUGGGAUGGAGUGUCUAACCGAUGUGUGACUACUUUUGAGAAAGCUCAUGACGGCGCUGAGGUCUGUUCAGUCGUCUUCUCCAAGAACUCCAAGUAUAUUCUGUCAAGCGGAAAGGAUUCUGUCGCCAAACUGUGGGAAAUUUCAACAGGAAGGAAUUUGGUUAAGUACACAGGUGCAGGGCUCAGUGGGCGACAAACACACCGCACACGAGGUGUCUUUAACCACACAGAGGACUACGUGCUUUUGCCAGACGAGCGAACCAUCAGUCUGUGCUGCUGGGAUUCAAGAACUGCAGAGAGGAAGAACUUGCUCUCUUUGGGUCAUAAUAACAUAGUGCGCUGUAUCGUUCACUCGCCCACCAACCCAGGCUUCAUGACCUGCAGCGAUGACUUCAGAGCGCGCUUCUGGUAUCGUCGCACCACUACCGACUGAGGAACGCUUGUUUGUCUUAAAACCAAACAAGAAUCAGUUCAUCAGCUGGUCCCAACCCAAACCCAAAAAUGUCCACACUGUUAAAGAAAGAGUUCGCCCCAUAAUGACAUUUUUUCCAUCAUUUACUGACCCUCAUGUUGUUUCAACCCAUAUAACUCAUGUUCAGUCUCAGUCACCAUCACUUUCACUGCAUGGAUAAAAAAACAAUGCAAGAAAAAGGUAAAGCUGACAGUCCUGCAGGUUUGGAAUAACAUGAGAGUGAGUAAAUGAUGGCAGAAUUUUCCUUUUUCAGUGAACUGUCUCUAUAAUUGGUCUUUUUGUCAGCAGACUUUACAGGUUUUGUCACCAGAGCUCUGUAUCUUUUAACACAAUUUUUUAUUUUUAUUUUUUAAAGCAUCAGAGAGAUGGUCAUCUCUGUUAUGAUGACUGCAGUACCUUGGUGUUUGUUAGGCGGUGCUGUUUUAUAAAUGAAAAUUAGAUACACUUUCUCAGAUUUUUAGGAUUUUACUUACUGUAAUGAUAUUGCAUAUACAGUUGUGUUAUUUGUAUGUUUGAAAACAGCGUAGAUGGAGUAUAACUCCAAAUGGCAAGUGCCUAAAUGUUGCAUCUUUUCACUUUUAAUUUGUGUACUGUUGCUUGUUGUUUUAUAUUAAAAGGGUCUGGGAGAAAAGACUGUUGUUACAUAUAUUUGGCACAUCUGCAGGAUUUGUACAGUGCAUUAUAAUUUUUUGGGGAUACCACAGUUUUUAGUAGUGCUUGCUAUUGCUUAUACUUAGGGUUACGGACAUGGAUGAGACCUAAUAUUGUGUGGCUUGUUGAGACGUCUAUUGAGCCCCUUAGAGGACAUGGGGGGGGGGGGGGAUUUUUUUCUGAGAUAGUUUUGCGUUUCUUCUCAAUAGCUUUGCAUUCCCUUGUAAAAAAAUAUUGCAUUCUCUUGCAAUUAGGGAUGCCGCGAUUUUUCGGUUUAACUGCAAGAAUUUAGAAUCCACAGUUAAAACCGUGAAAUGCUUUAUUUAGGUGUGGCAGAAAUAAUAUACAUAAUGUUUAAAUAUAUAAUGUAAAAGAGUUAUUCAUAAGAUUUUAUAAGCCUAAAGGCCCAAACGUACAAUACGUAAGUACGUGAACGCAGACACAUCUUGCUACAAACGCUCUAUUUUAACGUUGCAUUGCUCUAUUUUUUCCAUCAAUGCUUUUUGCGCGCCCUCGCAAUGCAUUUUGCGUGCCCAGAGGUUUAAACCACUGUGCACACUUUAGCAACACACAACACCUGAACAUCGUGGUGGCAGCUUUUGCAUGUGCAUGCACCUUUUCUUCAAUGUCAAAAUCCAGUAAAGUAUCAAAUUAAUCCAUAAAUACUAGGCCUAUUUAACAUUCUUUUCCUUCCUCAAACCAUUUUGAAACCUAUUUGCUGUCCUUUUUUAUCAGUUGUGCAUAUCAGUCUAUACCAUACAACUUGCAGCAUGGUUGGUUUUCACCAACUGUUCAUCUGUAAAUUUGUUGUGGUUUACAUCUAUGAAUAUCUUAUUUGUGGCUAAUGGUUGGAGCAAGUUCUCACGAAAGAGUAUGAAAUGCAGUGCCACCCACAAAUAGACAAAAGUGCAUAUUACUCAUUUGCAGAAACUGUAACCACUGUUCGCUGUCUGGCAGAUAUUAUAUAGAAUACUCCAGGGAAUCACAUUUGAAACAUCCUCAUAUGUUAAUAUCAGUUUGUGUACCCAAUUGUUCUGGACUAUUGCUUAAAAGGACUAUCAUGCUGAACUUUACAUUUUUCUAGCCAGGUAUUAUAAUAAUAGUUCAUGUUCGCUGGUCAAAUGCAACAGGUGAACAAAACUAAAACACUUAAGAACCAUUAGUAGGCUGUAUACACGUCGGUUAGUGGCUAAACUCAAGCAAUUUUGUUUACAGAUGAUAGUGUUUUAUAUUUUAUAGCCAAGAUAAAUUCUACAUUUAAAAUAAUUGUAUGAACUCCAUUUACAUUUAAUGUUAAAAAUUAUUUUACACAAUAUAAAAUGAACAAGAGCUGUUCAGUUAAUGAAACCAAACUUUAGUGUAUUGUUUAGACAUUUUUAUUACGUGUAUAAAAGGUAGUGUAGUUAAGUAGGCUCACUUGUCUUUUUGAACAAGAACAACUGAGGAGCUGCAACAGGUAAUUUCGCUGUGAAAACAUUGUCCUCUUAACAUUAUUUGCAGUAUAUUUACCUGGUUUUACUCUGCCUUAAAAGCACAGGUACAUCUGCCCUGCCUCUUUCCUCGAAUCCGUCCAAUGGUAUUGAAGCAAUGUGCGCGCACCGCGCGAAAAGUUACAAAAAUUGGCAUGGGCACGACCACGCGAAACAUCUUUCUGGACAGAGAUUGCUGUAUUAUUGUUUUUAUGCUUUAACAAAUUGGUACAGAUUACAGAAUCUAUUGUAUUUCUUCUAGACAUUCAUUCAAACGAUAUUAAUUUUGAUUGUACUUUAAUAUUGCUUUGUCUUCUGGGUAAAUUUCAUAUUCACAAAGCCAGAAUUAUUCAUACUAAAUCUAAUUUUACAAUGUUUUCUGCUGGUGUUAAGUCCCAUUUUGCCUCAUUAGAGAAAAUGUCUAGGCCACUGAAUACCAAAGCAUCCAAAACAUUUAAUAUUCUUAAGGCUGCCGUAAAGAAAAUGUCAUUCUUAUUUUUAAUUUAUGAUGUAUUAUUAUGAAAUGCAUUCUAUUUGAAUGUGUUUGCAUUGUAUUUGACUGUGUUGUCCGUAUGCCCCCACUGUUGCUGUAUGUUGUCAUCUGUUUGUUGGCAUAAUAUAUUUUUUUUAAAAGACAGUGUGAAACGAACCUUUGUGGAGGCCAGGCCACCACGAUGACAUUAUUUGUGCGCGCGAACACUCGUGAACAAGCGGCUGUAUCGAGUAUAAACCAGGCAAUGUGUGCAAAUCAAUGUUGCGCGCAUGCCCGUUAAGGUUUUGACGUCGAAAUUGGAGAAUAACCCAAUGAUCUCAUGAAAACGAAAUUUUCUCAUGUUGCCAGAUUUUUUAAUAAACUGAUUUUUAAUAGUUAUCAGCGUAUAAAGCUGUUCAAUUUAUUGUCCCCAAAAAAACGUAAAAGAAAUAGCAUUUUCGUGCGGUCCGUAUAAUGCUUUAAAAUUAAUUUUUCAGACCAUACCAAUCCAAAUGCAAAAAUUGAAACAAGGUUUGAAACUUUUAUUUGUAAUUUUUUCCGGUUACUGUUACUAAAAUUUAACUUUUUCUAAGUUAUGACUUUAGAAAUAGCCCGGGGGUGUGGGUUAGGGAACGGACUGCAUGUAGGUUGAGGAGUAGUUUAAAAGGCUUGCCCAGGGGUCGACUACUGAAGGCACACGUGCCACCUUUGCCACACAGAGGGGUUGGCAUGCGGGCAAUAGCAAGAGAGUAGACAAACAAUUCGUGCGACUUGGAGCCAAGCACGUCUCUGCACUUUAAGAGGGUCGUGCAAGCAUAAAGGGUUUGGCUUUCCAUUGCUCACUCCGUGCAGUGAAUGAUAGGGGUUUGAUCUCUCGCUGGCUGGCAGAAGCUGGCACUGACGGAUCACAUGUCAUUAGGCUACAUAAAUAUAUUGUAAUGGAUCUAUUCUAAUGAAUGAAUGCAUUUAUAAGGAAUUUACUUGCAUGUCAUUUUUGGAAUUGGGAGUUCUUCACUUAUAGUCAGCCACCAUGCGGCAGUUUUCUUCCAGUGAAUAUCAUUCAAGGAGAAAUGGACCUGGUAAACUGACACCCUUUUGGAGCUAUGCCUGCAACAGGACUACAGUGGUUUUCGGUUUUGUCAGGCACGUACACUCACAUGGUUGUGGUAGUUUUCCUUAUGUAGCAACUUGUUAGCAACAUUUUUUUUAAAAAAACACUGUGGCUUCAAAAUUCACGUUUGAGAUAUGACUGUGUGUAAUUUAUGUUGUAGAACAAAUUUCCAGGUAUCCUCAAGUAAUGUUCACCAAAGACCUUAUUUUACCCCAUUAGUAAACUAGGGAUGCACUGAUAUUUAUCGGCCAAUUAUUGACCAAAUUAAAACCAUCGGCAUAUCGGUUAUAAGCGUGAAAUGAAAAACCGAUGAUUGAUUUAAAUAUAAUUAGUAACACACUUUGUAAAAACUCUUGUGAAUUCCAAUGCACAAUACAGAAAUGAUAAUAGCCACAUUAUGUGGAAGGGAUGGCACUCCUAAGAACAUGUAAUAUUUAACUUUUAUUCCUUCUCGUUUUUAUUUUAAUGCGGAAAAACGAUAUAUAAACGGACGUGUUCGUAGUGAGGGAAACCAUUCAAAACGCUUUGAAACCAGCAGGCCGUUGUUUCUGUGGAAUUGUCAACAUAUGCAUAGUAUGAAUUUGUAAUGUUCUACAGUACAUACAUGUAAAAUGUGAGUUCUGUUGUUUUGAUCUGCAAAAACAGAAGUGCACAAAUAUUUUAGA